ACACCUGUUUCCAUCUCAAUUUCUGAACAAUAUACAGAGUUAAAGAAUGAAAUAAUCGUUAUGGAAAAAGAAGCUACACCUGAGCAUAAUAGUAUUCCAUCACGAGCAUGUACCACAAUUUGUUCAGCCAUUCCUCAAUUGAUGGACAUCCCCUCAAUUUCCAAUUCUUUGCCACUACAAAAAGAGCUGCUAUUAACAUUUUCGUACAGAAAAAUUCAAGACCUAAUAUGUCUGAAGGAAAAACAGAAACAUCAACUUCUGAAAGAAAACAAGAAAAUGCUUCUUCAGAGAAAGCCAAAAAAGAAUGUGAUGUAAAUUCAUGUAAAGGCUCAUCAGCAAUAAAGAAUGAAGAAAGUACAGCCAUUUUAAAUAUGAAAAAUGACCCCAACCUAGUAGCCCAGGAUAGGGGCUCAAAGAAAUCCUUCAGUUCUGUUUCAGAUAAUAGUGAUGUCGAAGAGGUAAUGGAAAAACAACAAAAAAACAUUGAUAGCAAAACUGAAUUGAAGAUGUGCCAAAGUUCAGAGAAUGCAAUUUUAAAUGCUCAGACUAACAGCUCCAAUGAAGCUAAGCCUUCUUCACGGAAUACUAAAAAUUUGAAAUUAACAUCAAAUGAUGUAAUCUUUGAGCAAUUUUUGAGAAAAAGAGAUGAACCUGAAUCUAUUAGUUCUGAUGUUAGUGAGCAAGGCAGUAUUCAUUUGGAACCUUUGACUCCAUCAGAGGUGCUUGAGCACGAAGCCACCGAGAUUCUUCAGAAAGGUAGCCUUGAACCUUCAGCUGAGGAAGCUGGAGUAGUUUCUGAGCAAACAGAUGACAUUUCUAGAGGAAACAGUCCUAGUACAACAGAGACAACUGUAGACCUGACAGAUGGAAAGGAAGCAAGUUGAAAUCAGCCAUUCAUUCUAAGUUUUAGUUUAAAAAAUAAUAAUAAUGGUAAAGAACAUCUUGGACCAAUCCUACUAAAUGACACUUUUGGAAAUAGAAAAAUGUAAGGAUAAGUGACACAUACAUUGUAUAUGUGUGUUAAGCCUAUUAUUAAAGUAGUCAAUUUGCCAAU